GUGACCAAAUCAGUAGCACAUCAUUAGGGCAUAAUAUGAGUUGUAAAAUGUGUAACUUCAAAUUGCUUAAAAAAAAAGAAUUAAUCAAAUUUAUCCAAAGGAUUGGACAUUAUCAAGCAGCCAGGAUUAUUGAGGAACAUAAAAUAGAUGGAAGCAAAUUGCUGGACCUUACACCUAAGGACAUUUCAAAAUGGCAUUUAACAGCAGUGGAAGAAGAACUGCUAUGGAAAUGCAUCAAUCAGUUAAGAUUAAAUCAUAUAACAGAAACAGAUUGUCAACACAUUUGCACAAAACGAAAAAAAUUACCCAUUGACCAAAGGAAUCGGCAGUCUGUUUCUAAAUAUUUUAAAUUUAAACCAAGUACAAAAUACACCUAUGACUACAUUGAGACGUCGCAUAUUAAAGAAACUAACAUGAUUUUAUCAAAAUCAUCCGAAAAUAUUACACUGGAAUCUGAAAAGUUCAAUGACGAUGAACGUAUUAUUAAUUCGGAUACACUUUUUAAACGGAAUGACGUUUUAGUAGAGCAACUUAAAAAGUAUUUAAAAUUGAAUACCCACAAAAUGAACAGAUAUGAACGAUUAACAAAUACCAGUGAUAGUUACAUUGAUUUGCCAAAUUUAACCGAUACUAGUGAUUAUAUAAAAUAUGAAAUGUUGCCUGAAAUAACCGCAAGGGGUGAAACCAUUUCAAACGUACAAUCUUCUCAAUAUAAAAAUCGCCCACAUAUUACAUGUUAUUUUAAUUUAUGUUGCGUCUCUUGUGGUAUAAGUUAUGAUAAAUAAGAUGCGUUAUUUUAUUAAAUAAGGAACUCAAAUAUAAAUAAGUAGGUGUAUAGCUACACAUAUUUAUAUCAUGAAUAGUAUUUUUUAAUAAAUUACUCCAAAAUAUUUCUAAAACUGUUACCUUCUAAGUACAUUCGGCAAAUUUUAAAAAUAUGUAGCAUGAAUGUUUUGGUUGUAGUUAAAUUAUUGUUUUUUAUGUAAUUACUUACUUUUUAUUUUAUUAUUAAUUUAUUUUUACUUACCAAAAGAGGUUGGAAGAGAUAGGGUAAAUAAAGGCUGAAUUUUAUCUGCG